AUGUCUCCGCCGGAGGCUGAAAUGGGUGCGGUGGCGGUAACCGCUCCGCCGAAGCCAGGAACCCCGAGAGGACCGUUGAUCACGGGGAUGAGAGUUGAUUCAAUGUCGUUCGAUCAUCGGAAACCGAUACCUCCAUGCAAAUGCUUGCCAAUGAUGGGAAACCCUUGGGGUCAACACGACACGUGCUUCACCGAUUUUCCCUCUCCGGGUGCCUCCCUUACUCGCAAGCUCGGGGCCGAGUUCGUGGGAACAUUCAUCUUGAUAUUCACCGCGACAGCCGGUCCAAUCGUGAACCAAAAAUACGACGGAGCUGAAACCCUAAUCGGUAACGCAGCGUGCGCAGGACUCGCAGUGAUGAUCAUAAUUCUCUCAACUGGUCACAUAUCAGGGGCUCACUUAAAUCCAUCAAUGACCAUAGCAUUCGCAGCUCUAAGACACUUUCCUUGGGCCCAAGUACCUGCUUACAUAGCGGCCCAAGUCUCAGCUUCCAUUUGCGCUUCAUUCGCACUCAAAGCAGUUUUCCAUCCUUUCAUGUCGGGAGGUGUGACUGUUCCUUCUGUUAGUGUUGGACAAGCCUUUGCUCUUGAGUUUAUCAUCAGUUUCAUUCUCCUCUUUGUUAUUACUGCCGUUGCCACCGACACCCGUGCCAUUCAGCUUACUCGAUCUAACGGUCUUUAUUACGUUUGGCAGAAUCUAUGGUUCAGAUGGAGAGGGUUUGAAAUGACUUUUCCGAAUCUCGAGAGGUGA